GAGCUCGAUAGAUAUGCAAAUAUAUGCUGCCGCGGCUUGUCGUUUCCUCCAAAGUUGGAGUCUUUCCCUUACCCUUCCCUGUCUCCUGUCUUCCUAGUUCCACAAGACUCAGCCCUUAUUUUCCCUCAAGAGCGUUUGACAUGGAGGUCGCUGGGUUCGAUUCCGAUGGCCGAGAAUUCAAGAAUGCAGACGAAAUGUGGAGAGAACACACGGGCGACGAUAACAAGAAGAACCAGUGGUAUCGUGACGGUGUUGGCUACUGGGAAGGAGUGGAGGCAUCGGUGGACGGAGUGUUGGGUGGUUAUGGGUGUGUGAAUGAUGUUGAUGUGAAGAGUAGUGAAGCUUUUUUGCAGACGCUUUUCUCUGAACUAUUUGUAGAUGGUGGAAUUGGCCGGCAUCUUGUUGCUCUUGAUUGUGGUUCAGGCAUUGGAAGAGUGACUAAGAAUCUUCUCAUAAGGUACUUUAAUGAGGUUGAUCUUCUUGAGCCAGUCUCACAUUUUCUGGAUGCUGCCCGCGAAAGUUUGGUCCAUGACAAUCAUAUGGCAUCAGAUACACACAAGGCCACUAAUUUCUUUUGCACCCCACUUCAGGAAUUCACCCCAGAAGCUGGAAGAUAUGAUGUUAUCUGGGUUCAGUGGUGUAUUGGGCACCUUACGGAUGAUGAUUUUGUUUCAUUUUUCAAGAGAGCAAAGGUUGGCCUCAAACCUGGUGGUUUUUUUGUCCUGAAGGAGAACACUGCACGAAGUGGAUUUUUAUUGGACAAAGAAGAUCGAAGCAUCACCAGGUCAGAUGUAUACUUCCAGAAGCUUUUUAGUCAAUGUGGAUUGCAUCUUUAUAAAUCAAAGGGUAAGGGUACGUGUCAGUUUGAUCACUCUACUUUCAAAGAGGCAAUAUCUACCAAUUAUGGGAUUGUUUAUUAUAUAGAAAAACGAUUAGUUGAUGGGGGGUUGGAGUAGAAGUGCUAUAGUGGGGAAGUUAUCUUUAGCUGGGACCCUCAUAGGUAAAAGACAAAAAGGAAAAACCAGCAGUGCAACAGAAGAAUGUUAAGUGUCACCUGCUGGUUGUACUGCAGGGAACGCAUCGAGAAGCAAUUUCUGAAUUAUCAUGUUUAUUUGCUUUUACCAUAUUUUGAUAACAGGAACAAAGGGGAUUUCCCAAGGAGCUAUUUGUUGUAAAGAUGUAUGCUUUAACAACAGAUGUGCCAAAGAAAAUCAGUAAGACAAGAUCGAAAACACAGGCAAAUAAGCCUGGUGUAAUCAAAUGAAAAAUAGCAUCCGAAGAUUCCAAGAUUUUGAUGUAAAAGCUGCUUUAAUUUCCCAGUUGAAAAGCAAAUAUACAUGAUGUGGCGGCCAUAUAGAGGUACAUAGAAACCUGUAUUUUGCUAAAUUUAUGGUUUGAUAAAAAGGAAUGGGAAUGCAUUGCAUGUGGCUGAAUUGUGUGGUAAUUUGAUUUGCGUAAAAUAACUUACAUGUGAAAAGCAAUGUUGUACAAGCAAAUGACUUGUCUUUUUUAUGCUGUAAUCUUGUUUUUCGUCCAAAGCUCAACUCCAUUUCUAA